GGUAUUCUAUCACAAGGGAAGGUUGGUGUGAAGUCUUUUGAAGUGCUAGGGACUUCGUUCGUAAGCUGGGGUUAUCCCGGAAUUACGGAGGGUAACCCCCGCCACCUUUUUGUACUGUGGGUCCAUUUGUACCUCAAGAUAUGAUAGCAUAGAAUACAACAACCUCACUUUGUUCUCUUUCGUUCUCCAUGAGCUCCAUGUCUACCGCACGCGAGCGUCUUGCGCUAGAGUUUCCGGACGAGAGUCCAGAUAACGAAGAACUCUGGGAAUUCGAAAUAUUUUGGCGUGACCAUUAUAACUGGCUCAAGAAUCGAGGAUACCUUCUUCGACCACGCUACCGUCCGGGCUGGGUCGCAUCCUGGGUUGGAACCACAAAGGAAGCAUUCAGAUGUGAAGACAAUCAGGUCCAGCCACUCUUUCCAUUAAAUCUUGACGCUAUUCGCGUUGCAGAUGGAAAACCUGUUAUGCUCAGACGCGCGGACCCCUCAUCAAUUUCAGACGAACUUGAAAUUGGACGUUUAGUAUCAUCCAAAGAAUUUCAAUCGGACCCUCAAAAUCACUGUGUUCCCAUUUACGAAUCACUUGAGCUCCCAAAAGCGAAUGAAGUAGGCAGAAAAUGCAUUGUGGUCAUGCCUUUUCUUGUGCCUUGGGAUGAAGUGGGAUUUGUGACUGUAGGAGAAGUCGUCGAUUUUUGUGAUCAAGUGUUUGAAGGUUUGCAGUUCAUGCAUAAAAUGAGUGUGGCACAUAAUGAUGCCAAAACGACCAACAUUAUGAUGGAGUGGUCACCUUUAUAUCCUAAUCCCCCGCAUGCUAUGGACUCCUCCAUGAGAAUGGAUUGGGAGGGUCCAUCUAAGCCCCGCAACCGCACACUCUGUCCUGUCAAAUACCAUUUGAUUGAUUGGGACUUGUCGAAGCAAUAUGAUACCACCCGAGGUGUUACACUACGAAUGCCGGGUUACGGUGGUGAUCAAUCAGUUCCCGAAUUCAAACGGAAAGAACCAUGUAAUCCUUUCUCAGUGGACGUAUAUUGUUUGGGGAAUGUCAUUCGACAGAAAUUCAUUGAGGGAGACCCAUUAGCGCGCGACCCCCCAAGACGAAAUGUCGAAUUUUUGCGAGAGCUGAUUUUCGAUAUGACCCAUGAUGACCCUCAAAAACGACCCACGAUGGAUGAAGUUGUUGCACGUUUUGAUAAAAUUCGCAAGGGACUGAGCUGGUGGAAAUUGCGAUCAAGAGUAUCGGACAGAACAAUACCUCUUAUUUUCCACCUUCUCUAUUCACCUAUACAUUGGAGUAUCCAGCUCACUUAUAUCCUUCGACGAAUACCAGCAAUACCAGAUUGUUACCACUCAUGUUGAAAGUUUGUCCAGUGGUAUUUAAUACUAUACUUAUUCUGGAAUCUUGUGGUUGCCCCUUUAUAAUUAGCUUUGAAUUUUUGUUUGGUACAUUAGUGCAGCAUUAGUGUCAUACACUGUCAUAGAACCCAUCG